AUGUCUGCGCCGUCGGGAACUGGUAGCUGGACCAGUCUUAUCCAACAAGCUCGACAACUAGAAAAACAGACGGACAACUUGUUCCAUACGUAUUCGCAGUUCGCGGCAGCUCCUAAUAUCCCACCCAAGCCUACGGAAAAAGAGCGUGAGACGGAAAAGAAACUAGAAGAGUUGUUGGAAAAGCGCGAGGAUGUCAUCAGCAAACUCGUCCGACUUCUCGAUUCCGAAGCCGCCCUCACCUCAUCUGCCAUGAAACAGAACAACCUCGCUCUUUUCCAAAAGAAACUCGCCAGUCACAGGAAGGAUCUGAUCCGCCUACGCUCAAAUCUACAAGAAGCCCGCAAUCGCGCAAACCUUUUGACCAAUGUCCGUUCGGAUAUUGACCAGUACCGUCAGAACAACCCCGAAGCUGCCGAGGCCGACUAUAUGUUGCAAGAGCGCAAUCGCAUAGACAACAGUAACAGCAUGGCCGACAACGUGCUUAGCCAGGCAUACGCUGUUAACGACAACUUCAACCUGCAGCGCGAAACGUUGGCAAGCAUCAACAGGAGGAUCACACAUGCAGCAAGCCAAGUGCCCGGGAUUAACACGCUGAUUGGAAGGAUAUCAGCCAAAAAGAGGAGGGAUGGCAUUAUCAUGGGCGGCUUCGUUGCGUUUUGCUUCAUUGUCUUCUUCCUCUUUUCGUAA